CAUCUGGGCCAAGAUCCCUGAGUCAAUUUCCAGUCUCCCUCGGAUCACCCAGAACUUUCUCUUUUUCCUGGGGACCCAGGCUUUUGCUGUGCCUCUUCUGCUAAUCUCCAGGAAGUGGCUGGAGGCGGGCCUGUCAGUGGGUGACCGGCUACGACGCCAUGAAUAUCUUGCCCAAGAAGAGCUGGCACGUCCGGAACAAAGACAAUGUCGCCCGUGUGCGGCGUGACGAGGCUCAGGCCCGGGAGGAGGAGAAAGAGCGUGAGCGGAGAGUGCUGCUCGCUCAGCAGGAGGCCCGCACAGAAUUCCUACGGAAGAAAGCCAGGCGUCAGAACUCACUACCUGAGCUGGAAGCAGCAGAGGCAGGAGCCCCGACUCCCGGCCCUGUGAACCUAUUCCGGGAGCUGCUAGAGGAAGGGAAAGGGGUGACCAGAGGCAACAAAGAGUACGAGGAAGAAAAGCGACAGGAGAAAGAGAGGCAGGAGAAAGCUCUGGGGAUCCUCACAUACCUGGGCCAGAGUGCUGCGGAAGCCCAGACUCAACCGCCUUGGUACCAGCUCCCCCCAGGGCGGGGGGCGCCCCCACCCGGCCCAGGUCCAGAUGAAAAGAUCAAGCGGCGCCUGGACCCUCUGCGGGAGAUGCAGAAGCACUUGAAGAAGAAGAGGCGGCACAGUGGUGAUGGUGGUCACAGCAGAAAGGGAAAGGAGGGGCCGGACAAGCAGCGGCCGGAAGCACGCCCAUCUCUGGACCAGCUUCGAGCUGAACGUCUCCGGCGGGAAGCAACAGAGCGUGCUCGGGCAGAGGCCCUGCUGGCCCGAGUGAAGGGCACGGCCCCCCCGGAGGAACAGCCUGUGGAGAUGGACGAACGGCGGGCGCGGUACAACUCCCAGUUCAACCCCCAGUGGGCCCGGCGCCCUGCCAACAGGACCCCAGCGCUUACGGACUCCUGGGGGGAUAGGAGAGGCCGCAGCUGCCAGCCGUCAUAUAAAACUAUUUAUUCAUAAAUAUUUUCCAAAAUGAAAA